UGAACUAAAGUGAAGCAGCUCCAAAAGGCCGUGGUCUUGGCGUGGGGCGGGAGGAAGGGGAGCUCCGUGACUGCGGCCGGGGCUGGUUGGGAGCGGAGCGGCCGGGGCUGCCCCCGGGGCUCGCGGGGGCCAACGGGGAACGGACAAACGGACCAACGGACCAACGGCCCCUGCGCUUCGGCAGCAGCAGCGGCAGCAGCAGCGACUGUAGCGACGCGCUCUCGCUCUGACUCUUGUUCGGGCUCUCCUUGCUCGAGCUCUUCGUCCUCCUCUCCCUCUCCCGGUGUCCCGCUGUCCCAGUGUCCCUGUGCCGGUGUCCCAUUGCCGGUGUCCCUGUGCCAGUGUCCCACUCCCGCUGUCCCUGUCCCAUUGCCGGUGUCCCCCUCCCCUUGCCGGCCCGGCCCAUGGCCCCGGCCGUUCCCCUGUGCCGGGCGGGGCCGCCCCGUCCCCGGCCCUGGGCGGCCCGGCGCGGUCUCGCCCUCGCCCGGCUCCCGGCGCGCCGGUUGUGGCGCUGCUGGGCGCUCCUGUGGGGCUGGCUGUGGGACGGGCUCGGCCUCGCCGCCCCUUGGCUCCGCCUGGCUCGAGCCCGGCGCCUGCCGGGGCCGGCGGGGGCCGCGGGCGCCGCGGCCGCUGCCGCCUCCUCGGCGGCUUCCCCGGCCAGAGCUCCGCCGCUCGCCAGCCCGGCCGCCGGCAGCGAGCCGCCGCUGCCCGCUGCGGCUGGGGAAGCCCGGCCCGGGCCGCUUGAGGGGCGCUCGGGGGCCGUGCCGGGCCCCGGCCCCAACGCUGACGGCCACGUCUCGCCCGCACCGAAGGCCAAGGAGCCGCUGCACGAGCGCUACCGGCUGCAUUCGCUGCUGGGCAGCGGCGGCUUCGGCCGCGUCUACGCGGGGACCUGCCUGGCGGACGGAGCCCCGGUGAGUGCAGCAGGAGGAGGAGGAGGAGGAGGAGGAGGAGGAGGAGGAGGAGGAGGAGGAGGAGGAGGAGGAGGAGGAGGGCGGGACGGGAGAGCUCAACCCGCCCUUCCCCUUGGCUUGCAGGUGGCCAUCAAAGCCGUGUCCCGGGAUGGCAUCCGGCGCUGGGGCGAGCUGGUGAGCGAGCGGGGCCAGCGGCAGAAAGCGGGGCGGGACGGGCGGGGACGAGCCGAGGCCCGGCAGGGGCUGGCCGAGGGGGAGCAGGCAGACAGGCACGGCAUCAGCCCCACUGACGACCCCGUGGUCCCCCCGCAGCCUGACGGCACCCGGGCCCCCCUGGAGAUCGUGCUGCUGGACAAGGUGUCCAAUGGCUUCCCUGGGGUCAUCCAGCUGCUGGAGUGGUUCGAGCUCCCCAACGGGUUCCUGUUGGUGAUGGAGCAUCCGGAGCCGUCUCAGGACCUCUCUCGCUUACUGAGGGCGUGGGGGUUCCUGCCGGAGGAGAUGGCGUGGGGGCUGUUCCGCCAGGUGCUGCAGGCCGUGCGGCACUGCACCAGCUGCGGCGUCCUGCACCGGGACAUCAAGCCCCAGAACAUCCUCCUCCACCUGGCCACCGGCGAGGCCAAGCUCCUGGACUUUGGAUGUGGCACCUUCCUUAAGGACACGGUCUACACCCAGUUUGCAGGUGAGCCCACAGCCGGGGGAUGCUCCUGGUGCCGGGCAUCGCAUGGCCAUGCCCGGGUGUGGCAGUGGAGAUUGCCCCUUUGGCCGAGGGGGAACAGGAUUAGUUCUUCAGCCAAGUUGCUUUUGGAUGGGGCUGGGGGGUUACUGUGA